AAGAAAAACUCAAAGGGCAAAGUGUAAAUUUCUGAAAAAGGGCGUGUAAUUGUGAUAAACUCCCGAUUAAGUUUAUGAUUUUCCCCUUAAAACCCUAGGUAAAACCCAGCUACCAUCUUCUUCAAAACUCUCAAAUGCCCACAUAAGCUUCAGCUUCAUCUUCUCCAAUCGCUCAACACAAUGUCAGCGACAAGAUUAUUACUCUUCACAACCUUCCCACUUCGUACUCAUACGCAUAAACCCCUCUCUCUAAUUACUCCACUUGUCCUCUCCCAACGCCUCAAUUUCUCCUCCCUCCGGUUCCACCGGUACUGUUCCUCCGUUGCGGUGGAUACUGCCGCGGUAGGUGACACAGAUUCCGCAAAAUUCCCUCCGCAUCACCCGUGGCCCGAGUGGGUCAGUUUCGUUGACCGGUUGAAGGCUAAGGGUUACUUCGAGGGCGAGAACAGUUCUAAUGAUGAGAGUGCUAAUGUUUAUAGGGACAUGAAUUUGGUCAAGGACGCUUGUCUCAGCUUCGCUCGUGACCGUUACGAUGUCUUUAAAUCAUUGCCUGUGGAAGAUGUUCAAAAAGUGGUAGAGCAGGGAUGUCCUAAUCUUUUACGUAAAGCUGUAAAUUCAGCAAAAAGGUUGAGAGCUUAUGCUCGGCUUGAUGAAGGAGAUGUUUGCAGUGCAUGUACUUUGCGAGGUUCAUGUGAUAGAGCUUAUGUAAUAUUAAAGGAUUCUGAAGUAGAUGCACGUACUGUAGACAUAGUACGAAUACUAUUGUUCUAUGCAUUAGAUCCACUUGUUAUUUCAGGAGGGGAUAAACCUGCUGGUAGAGAGCUUGUCGAUUUGUCUGUGAAGAAACUGUUUUCGGAGUUGAUCAAAUUGAGUGAGACAGCUCCUGAUCCAUCUCUCCCAAAGCCUCCUUCAAAACCUGCUUCAAAACCUGCUCCAAAACGUGUCCAUCGAAAGGAACAAAUCAAUUUCGUAGAGGAUCAAUUAUUACAAGAUAUUGAAAUGAAAAGAGGCGAUUGGAUGUGUCCCAAAUGCAAUUUCUUGAACUUUGCUAGAAAUGCAAUAUGUCUAAAAUGUAAGGAAGAUGGUCCUAAAGGCACUAGUGGUGAUCACAUUGAAAUGAAGAAUGGAGACUGGAUCUGCUCUGAAUGUAGUUUCGUGAAUUUUUGGAAAAAUAUUCAAUGUCUAAAGUGCAAAGCAAAGGGGCCAAAGAUGCUUGCUAUGAAAGAGGUAGAAAUGAAGAAAGGAGAUUGGAACUGCCCUCAAUGCAAUUUUAUGAAUUUUUCAAGAAAUGUACAAUGUCUAAAGUGCAAAGCAGAGGGUCCAAAGAGGCCUGCUAUGGAUGAGGUAGAAAUGAAGAAAGGAGAUUGGAGCUGCCCUCAGUGUUUUUUCAUGAACUUUGCUAGCAAUAAAAAUUGUUUGCGUUGUCGUGAGCCACGGCCUAAGAGAGUGCUAAAGCCUGGAGAUUGGGAAUGCCCCUCGUGUGAUUUCAUAAAUUAUGGGAGGAAUAAAUUCUGCCUAAAGUGCAACUCUGAGCCCCCGAAAAAAGAUUCAACCGAGUACGAAGAGCAGAUAUGGAGGAGUCCUCAGUAAAAGAUGCAAUAGCGAAUGCCUGAUAAUUCACACAUGAAGCUGAUUGUAUGGCUUUCUCUGGACAACAUAAUUACCAAACCAUGUAACAUGGACUUUGACGUUUCUCAUGGUUAGUAUUCUACAGCGAGGGAAGGAUGGUGGACUCUCCCUAAUCCCUAUGACCUGUUCUAUAUAAUGAUGUUUUAAACCCUACAUGGUUUCAACAAUUUUGUGAUUUAGGUCUCUGUUAGUGCUAUUUUAGCUUCGCUAGUUUGUCAUGCCUAAGUUUAUGAGAGGAAAAUGGAAAUUUAAUGGGAGUAACGUUACCACCCACAAUAGCCGAUGAUUGGUUUCCAGGCUUCCCUUUCCCUUUUUUGGAAGCCCUCCAAAAGCAACGCUAUGGCUAUCACUAGGCAAACGUUACCCUAGUAUUAUUUGUAGAAGAUUCUUGGUUUGGUGGCUGCCGAUGAUUGGUGAAUGUAUAGAACAAAAAUGGUUUUCCAUUAGUCAUAACAUCAUCCUUAAUAUGAAAUGGAGGAAUGAUCUAUUGUUUUGUCCUCAA